CAAUUAACAGCAGGGAGAAAAUUGCCAUAAAAGAUGGCAAAAAGCCAUGUUUUUCUAUAAACACGCGACGAGGAAGCAGGAUUCAAAUAAGUAAGUUGCAAGAAGCAGACGGAUUCAGUAAACUCGUAUACCAAGAAGCUAGCAUUAAAAGGCUGCUAUACCGUUAACACUUAAUAAGGGACUGUAUACAUCUGCCUUGAGUAACCCCGUAGAAAGCGAAAUGAUUGAAUUUUGUGGCCACCAUUAGCAAAAGGCAUACAUUCCAGACUAAUUUAAAAGAAGCCAGGUGUCAUUUGCAGCAGAAGAUGAGUUACGGAGCGAAGAUUAAACCAACGAUGCGUUCAAUUGUGAACGCCAGGGUCGUCUUCCUUUUCGUACUGUGCACCAGAGACGGGAUCUCCUCGCCCAUAGCCAGAUUUCAUCCACUAUCGUUCCGAGCAGCAGAGGUAACUGCAGCGAACAACCUUUUGGCCGGAUCCCGGGAAACCCAGGGGGUGUUUGGAGGAGUCCCGAUUGACGUCGUCAAACUGGAACCGCUCACCACAAAGAUGUUCGAGUCGGAGAGACUGUUUUUCCCGAGCAGGAACCCUGUGGAGAGGACCUGGAUUGUGCGGGCGCCAAGGACGAUAAUCACAAUGGGCUGCGAAACCGAGUUUCCAGGAAAUAACUGCCAUUCUGCGUCGCUCACAAUCGGUUCGAACAGGUUCUGCGGAGGGACCAAGCAGAUUGGGCCGAUCACAGCGCAGGACAGCAUCUACAUUGUUUACAGAACUCGCGUCACGAAGAGCCACUUCAAGUGCACAGUUUCCUCUUCUUAUCCAGUGUCUGGCUCAAACUGGUCUUACUAUGGAAGGAAAGGACCAAGUCGAUGGUCAGAAACCUUCCCUUUCUGCGGAGGUAAGAACCAGUCUCCCGUUGACAUCGACACUUCCAGGGCACUGGGAGAGUUCCCCUGGAAGCUUCUGGGCCUCCAUGGUUACAGCGAGAUUCCGUCAUCCAUGGGGCUUAGCAACAAUGGGAAAUUUGUAAUUCUGAAGACAAGGCACCAACCGUAUGUGAUGGGAGGAAAUCUCCCCCUCAAUCAAAAAUACCUUCUGGAAGGGAUCAUCUUCCACUGGGGACCAACAGACUACGCUGGCUCAGAACACGCUGUCAACGGGCGAAGUUACGCAGCAGAAAUACAGCUGGUGCACUACAACAGCAAAUACGGCAGGUAUCAGCUAGCUCUGAACAAAACCGACGGUGUCGCCAUCUUCAGCAUCUUCUUGGAUAUAUCUGCGAGGGACAACCUCUUCCUCGACCCCGUUAUUUUGGGACUGAGGAACAUCGUAAGAACAGGCAUAUCGACAGACAUCAUUCCGUUCCCGCUCAGUAACCUGUUACCAGCAAACUUGAACGAGUUCUACCGAUACAUCGGCUCCACUUCCUUCCCUUCUUGCGAGGAAGGAAUCAUCUGGACCAUCUUCAAGAACACGAUCACCAUCUCUUCCCGACAGUUGGAUGAAUUCCGUUUCCUCGAGGACGCCGAUGGACUCACGAUCACCAAGAACGUUCGCCCCAUCCAGCCUCUGAAUGGACGCACGGUUUCUGCGGGACAGCUGACCCCCUCUUGGAGUCACAGUGGGCCUGACGGACAAGACGUCUGGGCAUCGAGAAUCAGUGUCUCCUGCGGAGGACAGAAGCAGAGUCCUAUCAACAUUGACACGGUGUCCGCCAGGAUCAGCGUCACUUGGAAUCGUCUCUUCCUGAGGAACUUCGAUCAGAUCCCCAGACGGCUGACGCUGCAGAAUACCGACAAUGGAGCCGUCAUCAUACCCACGAUGGACGGCGCAGCGACAAUCGAGGGUGGGCCUUUCCGGACUCCCUAUGUAGUGGUGCAAUACCAUUUUCAUUGGGGUGACAAUAACACCUCUGGCUCAGAACACACCAUCGACAGACAAAGAUACUUGGGAGAAAUCCACAUGGUUGUAUAUAACGCUUCUCUAGGAAGCAUAGGCGAAGCAUUUGGUGUUCACCAGGGAAUCUACGAGAUAGCCAUUCUCUUGGAGGAGAGUCUCUACGACAACAUCAAACUGGACAGCAUCAUCAGUGGCUUAAGUCAAGUGAUCCUCUCACAGUCCAAGACCGAGCUGCGGCCUUUUCCACUGUUCAACCUCCUCCCAGACAACCUGGAGGAAUUCUUCUUCUACGACGGCUCCAUCACAGCCCCGGUGCCCGAGUGCGACGAAAGCGCAGGUUUCGUGGUCUUCAACAACCCCAUACCCAUCUCGAAGAAUCAGAUGGCGCAUUUCUAUAACCUUGAAAAUGCUGCUGGUUUCAAGAUAACCAACAAUUUCCGACGUCUACAGAAGCUUAAUGGCAGAACAGUCUAUAUACCGCCUCUGGGCAUUGCCAAUGGCUAACGUAUCAGUGAUCUCUGCACCGGACACCUCUGGGUAGUCCCAAUGGCUAACGUAUCACUGAUUCUCUGCACCGGACAGACUUCUUUCCAUGGAUGCUCAGUGUCCUCUGAGGAUUGCAAAGAAGACCCGAGCUUCUAUCAAGACUGUCGACAGUUCUUCGAAAAGUUCUCAAACGCCAAACACAAUUUUUAUGAUUAAAUAUACUUGAGCAAAGAAUGUGGUAAUCAGAUGUUGGGAAGGACUUCUCUGUGAACUACUGUUUGUAAAUAUCGCUUAACUUUUAAGGUGCGAUUGGAGACGCCUACAAAUAAUGUGUGUGUGUGUUUUAUACUAUGAAUCAUUUGAUACAAUAACAGAAGAAAAUUUUAACACAAUAAUGUAUGCAUCGCAAUCCCUUGUUCAAUAUAGCCUAUGUCGGUCAAAUAGAGUGGUUUCACCAACGAAAAUUAAAAUAAAUGUUAUAUUUUAUUAGAAAUUCCUUUUCUGUAUUGUUGAACAUGCACAAUAUUUAUUUUUUUACAUUUUCAAUCUGAUAAAUAAACCAUAAAUAUCCUAUCCUAAAA